AUGCCCGGAAACCGCGAGGUUGCAGUUGGCGGCGGCGCUGACCGGCUCAGUGACCUCCCCGACGGCAUCCUCGAGCACGUCCUCUCCUUCCUCCCGGCCGCGGACGCAGUGCGCACGUCCGUGCUCUCCAGGCGGUUUCGGACCGCCUGGGCCCACGCCCCGCCCUCAACCUCUCCGACGGCCUCCUCAAGGGCCGGUUCCUCGGCUUCGCGCGUGAGGUGCUCGCGCGAAACACGUGCGACCCUCGGCGUGUUUCUGUCAUCUUGCUGUCCCCAGCUGAGGAAGCUGCGCCUUAGCAAGGUCAGUGGGGGCCUGGCUGCAGAUGGUGGGCUUACCCUGUGGCCGCUCGUGCUCCACUUGGACCUGCUGGAGGAGCUCGCGGUCGAUCGAGUCGAGACCUUUACCAAGCUGCAGGUGGCGUCCUCCAAUCUCCGCACCCUGGGUGUUCUCUCCUGCUUCGAGUCUUUCUUACAGUGGGCCAUGGACACCGUGGUUGAGAUCUCGGCGCCGAGACUUGAGGAUUUCAGCUGGUCCGGCACACUCCCGAAGCACCUCAGCUUCCUGAACCUGAAUGGCAGUCAUUGCAUCCGGCGCCUGCGUCUGUGUGGUCUCCGUUUCUACUUGCCCGGGAAACAGAUCCGGUCUGCCAGCGCUGUGCGGUUACUGGAGAUGUGCUCUAGGGCCGACCAUCUCAUUCUUCGCAUUGACAUCCCAGACUCCACGUCUCCGCCCAUGUUAAACAGAGAGGAGUUGAAGCAUGUACCACACCUUCCUAAUAUCAGAGUACUCUCCCUGGAGAUGUUUUCGCUUUUGCAGCUUACCGGAUGUCCCAUUGCGCCAGUUAUCUCAUCCUUCCUCAGGCGAUGCCCCAACCUAACACAACUUCACAUUGACCUGUUGAAGCUGAACAUUUUCUCAAGGUUGAAUGCAGAGUGUUUUAUGGUUUCAUUUGAUUUGACCAAUGAAACUUGUGUCCCCCUCGGAUGUCAGGGUAACGAUGAAACUGAAAUGAAAAAGGCAUGGCAAAGCACUGACCGCGGCAUGUGGAAAAGGAAAACAUGGAGAGAUCAACAGCAGCUAAGCUCGCUUGGAGAGAUAAGGCUCGGUGGGUUCAUGGGAACAGACCGCGAGAUGGAGGUUGCUGGUCUUCUUUUCGGGGUUGGGGCUUCACAACCAGCACUUGAGGUGUGGAUGGCAAUUUUGCGUGCGGAGUAUUGUGGUAUGCCAUUGGUGCGAAGAUGA